AAAGUGCACGCCCCUUCUGACGUCGUCGUCCUCAGCGCGGGAGAACCGGCUGCUGUUUUGAAGAAUCGCCAACGGACAAAUUACCCAGAAGAACCAGACAGGAUUUUCAGAAAGGAAGCUUGCUGCUCAUUUAGUGUUGAGGUGACCACAUCCUUUUCCCUGUGGACUGAGAUAAGAUGCCCUGUGAGGUGAAACCCAUCCGCUAUGGCCACUCAGAGGGCCACACAGACGUCUGUUUCCAUGAGGAUGGCAGCUGCAUCGUUACCUGUGGAAGUGACGGCGAUGUCCGCAUAUGGGAGAGUUUAGAUGACGAUGAUCCUAAAUCCAUAAAUGUUGGAGAGAAGGCCUACUCCGUGGCUCUGAGAAAUGGGAAACUGGUUACAGCUGUUUCCAAUAACACAGUUCAGAUUCACACGUUUCCUGAUGGAGAUCCUGAUGGAAUUCUUACUCGCUUCACUACCAAUGCUAACCACGUCACCUUCAACGCCAGUGGCACAAGAGUGGCUGCUGGAUCUAGCGACUUCAUGGUGAAGGUGAUCGAGGUGACGGACAGCAGUAAGCAGAAGACUCUCCGUGGACACGACGCUCCUGUCCUGAGCGUGGCCUUUGACCCCACUGAUGAGUUUCUUGCGUCCUCCAGCUGCGAUGGCUCUGUAGCAGUGUGGUCUGUAGAAGAUCAGACUCAGGUGGUGAACUGGAAUGUGCUGGCAAAGUGCAAUGAUGUCAGCAAUACCAAGUCUCUGUGCAGACUUGCCUGGCAGCCGCUGUCUGGGAAGCUGCUUGCAGUUCCAGUGGACACGAGUGUACAUCUGUAUGAGAGGAGCUCUUGGACUCAUGUUGGCACUCUUUCUGAUGACCUUACUACCCAGCAGGUCAUUAACGUGGUGGUUUGGUCACCGUGUGGGAAGUUUCUGGCAGCUGGGACGGUGGGAGGAACUCUCUCUGUAUGGGACGUUGAAGCCAAGCUAUGCAUUGAGAGACAGAAGCAUGAGAGAGGUUACACUGUGUGUGGGAUGGCCUGGCACCCCUCUGGAGGACAGAUCGCUUUCACAGACACUGAGGGCUGUCUGGGUCUGUUAGAUGGACUGUGUGCAUCUUCCUCAUCUUCAUCAUCCUCCACCACCAACAAGAACACCAAGGCUGCUGUGAGCAAAGAGCCGAAGGACUACGAUGAUCUGUUCGAUGAGGAAGAUGCUGACGGACUGUUGGAUCAGUGUGUGAGUGACUCUGGCUCUCCAGCGAAGAAUGCGGUGGAGGACGACGACGACGACGACGAUGAUGACCUCAUGCCGGCCACUGGAAAACCACGGAACAGAGGGAGCUUCCUGGACGAUGACGACAAUUCUCAAGAUACCGGGUCAGUGAAGGUGGAUAAGUUGGCCGACAAUGACGGCGACAGUGCCAUUCUUCCUCCUGUUGUGCCAGCUGUGCCGCGGCCGGUCUAUGAGGGGCCGAUGCCCACCCCACCUCAGAAAGCCUUCCAGCCUGGCUCCACCCCAACACACCUCAUGCAUCGCUUUAUGAUGUGGAACUCUGUUGGAAUAGUGCGCUGUUAUAACGAUGAACAGGACAACGCUAUCGAUGUGGAGUUUCAUGACACAGCUGUCCAUCACGCCAUGCACCUCACAAACUCCCUGGACCACUGCAUGGCUGACCUGUCCCAGGAGGCCGUUCUACUGGCCUGCGAAGGAACCGAUGAGCUUGCGAGUAAGCUCCAGUGUCUGCACUUCUCCUCAUGGGACACAAACAAAGAGUGGAUGGUGGACCUGCCCAAAGGCGAGGACGUGCAGGCCUUGUGUUUGGGGCACGGCUGGGCAGCGGUGGGCACCAGCGCCAUGCUGCUGCGCGUCUUCUCCAUCGGCGGAGUUCAGAGAGAAAUCUUCAGCCUACCGGGACCUGUGGUGUGCCUGGCAGGACACGGAGAGCAGCUCCUCAUAGUUUACCACAGAGGUACUGGUUUUGAUGGAGAUCAGGCCCUGGGGGUUCAGCUGCUGCAGCUCGGCCGGAAAAAGCGGCAGAUCAUCCACGGUGAGCCGCUGCCGCUGUCCCGCAAAUCCUACCUGGCUUGGAUGGGCUUCAGUGCAGAGGGGACUCCGUGUUCGGUGGACUCGGAGGGUGUGGUGCGGAUGCUGAAUCGCUCAAUGGGAAACACGUGGACUCCUGUGUGCAACACCAGAGAGAGCUGUAAGAGCAAAUCUGACCACUACUGGGUGGUCGGCAUCCAUGAGAACCCACAACAACUCAGGUGUAUCCCCUGUAAAGGUUCUCGAUUCCCCCCAACUCUUCCCCGCCCUGCUGUGUCCAUCCUGCCCUUCAAACUACCCCUCUGUCAGACCAGCACGGAGAAAGGCCAGAUGGAGGAGCAGUACUGGCGCUCUGUGCUCUUCCACAAUCAUUUCAGCUUCCUAUCCUCCAGCGGUUAUGAGGUCAAUGAGGAGAACCAGAGGCAGCAGGAGAAAGAGCAGCAGGAAGCGCUGAUGAAGAUGUUCGCUCUGUCGUGUAAGCUGGAGCGCGAGUUCCGCUGUGUGGAGUUGGCGGAGAUGAUGACCCAGAGUGUGGUCACUUUGGCCAUCCGCUACGCCUCACGCUCCAGGCGAAUGCUUCUGGCUCAGAGGCUCAACGAACUCGCUUUGGAAAAGGCCAAUCAGCUGGAAGAGGAGGAGGAGCUAGACGAGGAGCCGGCCUAUCACAGCACAGCACAAAGCACAGGGUUUAACCAGUCCAGCAGAGCAUCCAGACACUCCAGCAGCAGAGCAGCACAGGAGAACGAUGAUGAAUAUGAAGAAGAAGAAGACGAACAGGAAGAAUCAAUGGAAGCGGAGGAUGAAGCAGAAAGCAGGAAACCACGUGUGAACCCUUUCAGUAAAGGCCCAAAAGGAUCACCUGAAAAACCUUCCCCAAAACCAGUCAGUAAAGAAGGCCGUGUGAACCCUUUUAAGGUCGCUGGUGCAGGAAAGUCAUCCGGAUCUCCUGCAGGCCAGCCCAGAGUGGCUAAUGUUCUGGACACCAUGACCAUGUCUAGCAGGAAACCUUCUGCUCUGACUGGUUCUUCAAAGCAGAGCAAAGCUCCAGUGCUGAAGCCUCUGGCACCCAAACCCAGGAGCAAGGCUCAGGCCACUCUGCUGCAGAUGAGUGCGAAUAAAGGAGCUGGAAAGAAGCCGGAGGAGAAACAAACAGAGAAAGAGACAGAGAAACAGACUGUAGAGAGAACUCCAUCAGCAGCAGGAGAUAAUGCGGAGAACACGAGACCGAAGACGGGUUUCCAGAUGUGGCUGGAGGAGAACCGGAAAAACAUCCUCGCCGACAAUCCUGACUUAGAAGAGACGGAGAUCAUUAAAGAGGCCAUGGGCCGCUUCCGCACGCUGUCAGCCGAGGACAGACUGAAGUGGACAGAGAGAGCGAAAGGUGGGUCGGGAGAGGUAGCGGACCUGAAGAAGAGAAAGCGGGAGGAGGAGGAGGAGAAUAAAGAGAUGGAUGGAGAGAUGGAGGUGGAUGAGAACAGCGCUAAGAAGAAAAAGCCACUGAACACUUCCGCUAAGCUCUCCGCCUUCGCCUUCAACAAGGACUAAGACCUGAGGCUAACGUUGUAAUGUUAUUGUUUGUUUUUGUAAGUUGUUGUUUUUAAUACUUGGAAAAUCCUUCAGAUGUUUAUUCUGUGUGUUUCUAACCUUUGCAGAGGGUGAGCAGUAACAGUAGAGGCAGGUGGAAGCUGAAGCUGUGUUGAGUGUCUUGUCAGAUCAAUCCGGAGUGAAACAAAGUCUCUUUAGAAAAAGAAACCAGCGUUUUCUACAGCUGAGAAUGAUGUUCUUUCCCUUAGACCUUCAAAUCUGAGGAGUAAAGCACGUUUUUUUCUUUUCAUGUCUUGUUCUUGGAUGUUUGUACAUAUUUGUUGUGAUCUGUUCAACUCUGUACUGUAUGUAAAGCAAAAAAGCGAAUAAAAUAUUGUCUUUUAUAAAUGUA